GGCAUCCUUGUUUGCUGAUGUUUCCCCCACUACUCAUACCAUUGCUUUUAAACAGGAACGAUUUCUUCUCUCCUGUCAACGUUGAUUCGGCAUUUGCCACAUGUAUAUUACAUCAGUUAAAAAAAUUCUGUUAAUUCCAAGUGCAACAUUAUUCAAACAGCCCAAAGGAAUUGAUUAUUAAUCAAAAUGGUGUUAUCGUGCAGAUUUUACAAACAAAAGUAUCCGGAGGUGGAAGAUGUUGUCAUGGUUAAUGUCCGUUCCAUCGCCGAGAUGGGAGCAUACGUAUAUUUGCUGGAGUAUAACAACAUCGAAGGAAUGAUCUUGCUUUCGGAACUAUCUCGCCGGCGUAUUCGUUCAAUCAAUAAACUGAUACGAGUGGGCAAAACUGAGCCCGUAGUCGUUAUUCGUGUGGACAAGUUUAAAGGCUACAUAGAUUUAUCCAAACGACGAGUCUCGCCGGAAGAUGUAGAAAAAUGUACGGAACGAUUUGCCAAAGCCAAGGCUGUAAACUCAAUCCUUCGGCAUGUAGCUGACAUGAUGAAAUUUACCAAUGAACAGCUGGAGGAGCUGUACGAAAAAACGGCAUGGCAUUUUGAGGAAAAGUUGAAGAGUAAAGCUGCCGCGUAUGAUGUGUUUAAACAGUGUGUAAUUGAUCCUUCACUGCUUGAUGAAUGUGGUCUUGAGCCUGAAGUACGGGAACUAUUACUGAGUAAUAUCAAACGAAAACUGACUUCGCAAGCCGUCAAAAUCCGUGCAGACAUAGAAUGUGCAUGCUACGGAUACGAAGGAAUUGAUGCGGUCAAAACUGCACUACGUGCUGGUUUGGAUUUAUCAACGGAGGAACUACCUAUCAAAAUUAAUUUGAUUGCUCCACCAUUGUAUGUCAUGACAACCUCAACUCCGGAGAAAACCGAUGGACUGAAAGCACUGGAAACUGCCAUUGAGGUAAUCAAGGAAACGAUCGAGAAUCUCGGUGGCGUGUUCAAGGUGCAAAUGGCUCCUAAAGUAGUCACGGCUACGGAUGAAGCCGAUUUGGCACGUAAAAUGGAGCGAGCGGAAGCUGAGAAUGCUGAGGUUGAUGGAGACGACGAAGAGGACGAAAAUGAGGAAGGCAUUAAAUAUAAUCCAGCCGGUGAAGAAGAAAGUGACAACGACGAAGACGAUAAAGCGAACAGUGCUGAUGAAGAAAAAGACAAAAAGGAAGAAUAAACUUUUAUCAUUUUCAUCAAGAGCAGGGCAACUGUUGGAAAAAGUAUUCACGUUUGUCGUGGCAAGAGUUCACCAACGGAUAAAAUUGAUUUAACUAAAAAAAUAGUUUCAUUUCAACAAAAUUUCUACGCAGUCUGAAGCUAUCCAUUAUUUCUAAGAUAUUAUAUGAUCCUGGGUCAUUUUACUUGUCAAGAAACUUAACAAUUGCAAAUACAUCAUGCAGAAAGGUGCGCGUGCUAAAAUGAA